AUGCGCUGUCUCAUACUUCUGGUAGCCGUUGGCGCGGUACUGGCUCAAUACGAGUCACAAAACUCAGGCUAUGAGACAGCCGAAGUAGAGCAGCCUGCUCCGGCCAGCCCCAUGUCUGCUGAUGGUGGCGAUCAGCAAGGGUAUAACAGCGAUGGCAGUGACGACCAAGGUGGACCUCGACCAGGAGGAGGAGGAGGAGAGGCAUAUGAGGGAGACGAUUCUGGAUCCUCUGGACCUGGACCAAGACCCGGACCAGGACCUUCACCCGGAGGUUAUUCUGGAGAAGGACCAGGACCUUCGCCUGGAGGUGGAGAAGGACCAGGACCUUCGCCUGGAGGUGGAGAAGGACCAGGACCUUCGCCUGGAGGUUACGAGGGAGGCGACUCUGGACCAUCCGGACCAGGACCUAGACCCGGGCCAGGACCACGACCAGGACCAGGACCUUCUCCUGGAGGAGACCAGGACCUUCUCCUGGAGGAUAUGAGGGAGACGAUUCUGGAUCUUCUGGACCAGCACCCAGACCCGGACCUGGACCACGACCAGGACCGGGACCUUCACCUGGAGGAUAUGAGGGAGACGAUUCUGGAUCCUCUGGACCAGCACCCAUACCCGGACCUGGACCACGACCAGGACCAGGACCUUCACCUGGAGGAUAUGAGGGAGACGAUUCUGGAUCCUCUGGACCAGCACCCAGACCCGGACCUGGACCACGACCAGGACCAGGACCUUCACCUGGAGGAUAUGAGGGAGGCGAUUCUGGAUCAUCCGGACCAGGACCCUAGACCCGGACCAGGACCACGACCAGGACCAGGACCUUCACCUGGAGGAUAUGAGGGAGGCGAUUCUGGAUCUUCUGGGCCAGCACCACGACCUGGACCUGGACCACGACCAGGACCGGGACCAAGGCCAAGACCAGGAGCAGGAACUAGACCAGGAUCAGGAACGAGACCUGGAGCAGGGCCAAGACCAGGACCUCGAGCACCACCUCCACCACCUCCUCCUCCUUCUGGAGGUGAAGAUGACAUGCAGUAUCAAUCCAACGCCAACUACCAGCAGAAUGAAGCUCAAAAUCCAGCACCAUCGAUCAGUGCCAGUGGUAACGAUGGUCUCGCCUACAGCAAUACCCUUCGUGCUCGCCGCCGUUAA